AUGGCGCCGCAGCUGCUGCAUCUGCCAGAUGGCCAGACCUUCACCGUCACGCCCGUCUUCGCCGGGCUGGGCUUCAAGAGCCACGAGAUGAACAUGCACCCCAAUGCCUUCCCCAUCGGCUGGAACGUCGUCCUGCACACCGAAGAAGAAGUUGAAUCGCCAUUUGCCGCCGCCGACAACGACGCAGAAGAUCUACCCUCGGAUCCUUCACGGCCGCCCUCGCGUAAGACUCGAGUACAUCCCUUUAUUCGCCCGACGCUGCAAAACGACACCCUCUUCAUCUCGUCCAUCUCGAACCCGUCCAACUCCGACUUCAAGCCUGCUGCUAGUCCAACGAGGCAGAUUGCCAUGAUGAUGUGGGUGACGUUGUACUGGUACUUUCACCAGCCGCAGCCUCUCCCACAGCUUCAUACCGAGGCGGCGAAGGAUACACCGGACAAUGCGAAGCCCAAUGGCGAGUGGAGGAUCAACAUCAAGCGGGAGGGCGUGCUUCGCGGGCGCAAUUUGAUUCCUAAGCUGGAGCGCAUGGGCCUGAUUGCCGCUGGCGAUACUUCAUGCGGCACCGGCCUCGACGAUAGCGGCGAUGAGUGGGCGCGCAUGUAUGUCUCGAGACGCAUGUUCUGGCAGAUCCCCGGCCACCUGUUCCUCUUUACGCUGCAACCGACACAAAAGGCCAACUCGUCCGUCCCUGGAUCGCCCGUGAAUAGUCGUCCGAGCUCUCCCGUGCGAGGCGAGUCUUCCUUUACCCACUAUCUGUCCAUUGAUGGCCUCACUCGUCUCGAUAGCGACCUGCCGGGCGGGCCUAUGCCGACCAGCGUUCCUCAGACCCCUGCCGUUCCAAUUGGGCCCUUUUAUUCGACCUCGCAUCUCCCGACGUACUUUCCUCCUCCUCCGCUGCAGUACACCUUCUCAGACGGCGUUCGACAUCCCGUGCGGCCGAAGCCUCAUAGAAUGGGAGAGAUCUUCUACUCACGCUUCGUCCCUAGUGUUGGCAAAUACCUGUCAUUCCGCGUCGCCUCCACGUCAACCAAGCCAGUGCCGUAUCUGGGCCCCGUUGGGAGCAGUAACAAUUCCCAGGAGCACGCACACUUGACCGGCAUGACGGACAUUGAGCUUCUGAAGAUGUGGAUGGCGAAGCCCCGCGUCAGCGAGUUCUGGGGCGAAUACAAGCCCGGGUUUUUGGAGGGCGUGCUCAAGCUGCGGCACUCGUUUCCCGUCAUCGCCUCGUGGGAUGGUAUUCCCUUUGGAUACUUUGAGAUUUACUGGGUGAAGGAGGAUAUUCUCGGACGGCACUUGGCGAAUGUUGCGGGGGACUUUGAUCGUGGGAUACAUGUCUUUGUUGGUGAGGAGUGGGCGAGGGGUCGAGUGCCGCAGUGGUUGACGAGUCUUGUGCAUUGGUGCUUUAUAGCUGAUAACCGGACUAUGAGCGUGUGUCUGGAGCCGCGGGUUGAUAACGAGAGGAUGCUGCGGCAUUUGGAUGAGGCGGGCUUUGGCAAGGAGAGGCAGAUUUCGUUUCCGCAUAAACAGUCGUGGUAUGUCAGGCUGUGGCGGGAUACGUGGGAGGGGCCAGCAUUCUGA